UUUUGAUUUCUCUUCGCCAUAGCUCUCUCUCAUAAGGAUUAUCCCUCUCCACGGCAGGCUGCCAACCGAAGCAAAGCAAGAUGAGGCCUUACUCCUUCCUCCUCCUCCUCCUCCUCUUCCUUCUCCUUGACUCAGCAGCCUGUGACGACGUCAAGUACAUCUCCAAGAGGAACUCAGUGGACGGUUGCAUCGACUGGUCGGUGGACCUGAAGCGGUACCGGGUCCUGUCCGGCGAGCCCGUCCGGGUCAAGUGUGCCUUGUUCUACAGCUACAUCCGCACCAACUACACCAUGGCCACCAACGCCAAGCUGAGGCUCAUCUGGUACAAGAACAAGGGGGACUCUGAGGAACCCAUCAUCUUCUCGGGCCAUCGGCUGAGUAAGGAGGACGACUCCAUUUGGUUCAGAUCCGCCGAGCUGGAGGACAACGGCUUCUACACCUGCGUCCUCAGGAACUCGACGUACUGCAUGAAGGUGUCCAUGUCCAUGACGGUGGUGGACAGCGACGAGGGACGGUGUUUCAGCAGCCAGAUCCGCCACCUGGAGAAGGCGGAGAUCACGCGCAGCAAGAUGAUCACCUGCCCGGACAUCAAGGACUACAUGGCGCCCUUCAAGCAGCCCACCAUGACCUGGUACAAGGAGUGUGAGCGGGUGGAGUGGCGCAGCGCCAUGGUGGUCAACACCACCCACGUCUGGAUCCCGGAGGUGGAGGAGAACGAUGGGGGCAACUACACCUGUGAGCUCCAGUACGGCUCCAGGCUAGUGCGCAGGACCACCCAGCUGAAGGUCACAGCUCCUAUAGACCCGUCCUAG